GAGAGAAGUGGAAACUGAGAGGAGCCUGGUUUAUUGAUUUGCAAAGAACAGCCUGAUUUACAUAUAAAUAAAUUACAGGAGCUGGCCAGCGAACAAUUUGUUGAACUGUCCAGAUGCAGUGACUUUGACUUGCUGACAUCAUUGCCUCAUUAGCAUGCAGGAGAGACGAGCACUGCAACAGCAAAGAUUCUGAGUCUGGGGAGCUAGCAAAUUCACUGUGAUGGGGCUGUACUAAGCUUUUCUAAAUGUCUCAGAGAGGGAGGGACUGCAGAUUGGACGCAGCCUUGGUGUCUCUGAGGGUCAUUCAGUAAACCCUGAGUUGGGGCUCUGUUGGAGUCAUUUGGAUUGCUGGAAGAGGAUAUGAAUUGGUAGAAGAGAAGGAGGGGAGACGAGAAUCCCUACCAGGCUGGAAUUCUGAGGAAGGCAAUGUUAAGCUAUCAAGCCUAUGCAGACACAGAGCAGAAAUCGCACUGUUCAUGCUGAUGGUUUCCACAGCAGAUUUUCCCUUUCAAGCCACCCUAUGUUUUUAUGUGCAUGCUUGUGUCUUCUGGAAAGCUUUGACAAAAAGCCUGCUGUUGCUCAUUUCAAGAAAUCUCCCACUAACGUAUCACAGGGUUUAGGAAAAAGAAAGCAAGAUACUUGACUAUGCUGCAGUGUUUCCUGGGGUUUUUGCAAGCAAAACACUCUAACGGAAAGUAAACUAAAAAAAACCACCAAAAACUAACACAACAGAAGAGAGGAUUUCGUGGAUUUUUUAAAAAGAAAAACCUUCCCCAAAUCUAGACUUGGAAUCAUUUCGGACAGGAAGAUUUGCCGGCACUGUAAGUGUCCACAGGCAGAGCACUUUGAAACGGAGAUGCCUCUGGAAAUGGAGAAGACUGUGACUAAGCUGAUGUUUGACUUCCAGCGAAAUUCAACUUCUGAUGAUGACUCAGGUUGUGCUUUAGAAGAAUAUGCUUGGGUCCCACCAGGGCUGAAACCAGAACAGGUUCAUCAGUACUACAGCUGCCUACCAGAAGACAAAGUGCCCUACGUGAACAGCCCUGGGGAGAAAGCCCGUAUCAAACAACUUCUGCACCAGCUGCCACCACAUGACAAUGAGGUUCGAUAUUGUAACUCGCUGGAUGAGGAAGAGAAGAGGGAACUCAAACUCUUCAGUAAUCAGAGGAAAAGGGAGAACUUGGGUAGAGGCAAUGUCCGGCCCUUCCCAGUCACGAUGACAGGAGCCAUUUGUGAGCAGUGUGGAGGCCAAAUCAACGGAGGAGACAUCGCCGUCUUUGCAUCCAGAGCAGGCCAUGGUGUCUGCUGGCACCCACCAUGCUUUAUAUGCAGCGUUUGCAAUGAGCUGUUGGUAGAUCUUAUCUAUUUCUACCAAGAUGGGAAGAUUUAUUGUGGCCGACACCAUGCCGAAUGUCUAAAGCCUCGGUGUGCAGCAUGUGAUGAGAUUAUCUUUGCAGAUGAAUGCACAGAAGCUGAAGGAAGGCACUGGCACAUGAAGCACUUUUGCUGUUUUGAAUGUGAAACGGUGCUGGGUGGCCAGCGGUACAUCAUGAAGGAGGGGCGGCCAUACUGCUGCAACUGUUUUGAAUCCUUAUACGCGGAGUAUUGCGAUACUUGCGCUCAGCACAUUGGCAUUGAUCAGGGUCAGAUGACUUACGACGGCCAGCACUGGCAUGCUACGGAAACUUGCUUUUGUUGCGCACAGUGCAAGAAAUCUCUUCUGGGGCGACCAUUCCUGCCAAAGCAAGGGCAGAUCUUCUGUUCAAGGGCAUGCAGCAUGGGCGAUGACCCUAAUGGCUCAGACUCAUCUGACUCUGCCUUCCAAAGCGCCAGAGCCAAGGAAUCGCGGCGUAGUGCCAAGAUUGGCAAGAACAGGAACAAAGGAGAUGAGAAUGCACCCAGCCAGAGUAGCCAGCUGCAGGUGACAUCCAGCAGGCUUUCAGCAGAUGUGGACCCCCUUUCCUUGCAGAUGGACUUGCUGAGCUUGUCCAGCCAAACUCCUAGUCUCAACAGGGACCACAUCUGGAGGAGCAGAGAUGAACUCUACCACUAUGGGAACAAGAUGGAGCAGAGUCAGUCACAAAGCCCUUUGCAGCUGCUCAGUCAGUGUAACGUAAGGACUUCCUACAACCCAGGGCAGACCCCAAGUGCUCAGCAGGAUCCGUGGGGCAAACAUUUCAGCAACCCAAAGAGAAGCUCUUCCUUGGCCAUGAAAGGACAUGGUGGUAGCUUCAUCCAGGACUGCAGAGAAGAUUAUUACUCAGGAAGGCUACGGUCGCAAGAGAGUUACAGUGACAUGUCCAACCAGAGCUUCAGUGAAACCAGAGGGAGUUACAAGGUAUCCAAGUAUGACCAGGAGGAAGAUGGCAGCAGGUCUGCACAGCAGUGUCGAACCAGACAUCCCAUCAAUGCACUAAAGUUCACAGAGGAACUGACGCCCACAGAGCAAACUCCGCGGGGUUCAAUGGAGUCUCUUGCUCUUUCUAAUGCCACAGGACUCUCUGCAGAUGGUGGUGCCAAGCGACAAGAACAUCUCUCUCGGUUUUCCAUGCCUGACUUAAGCAAAGAUUCUGGAAUGAAUGUCUCAGAGAAGAUGAGCAACAUGGGAACACUGAAUUCCUCCAUCCAGUUCAGAAGUGCUGAAUCGGUCCGUAGCCUACUUUCUGUGCAACAGUACCAAGAUAUGGAAGCUAACUUGCAUGAUCUUGCGAAUCCCAUUGGUUACAGAGAUCAGUCAUCCCGUGGAAUAAUGCACCAGAGUUUUGACUAUGAAGGUGGGAUGCCAGGAAACAAAUUGGCUGGGCAAGAAAGUACCAGACAUCCCCCCAUGAGCGAGCGAACACCCAGACGAACUAAUCUCAGAGAUGAUGACAGACGUUAUCGGCCCCAUAGACCCCGGCGGUCCAGGCGCUCCCGCUCAGAUAAUGCCCUUCACCUCGCCAGUGAACAGAGCUAUAAGUUAAAAGAGAGGCCCUCUCUACGAGCCCGGGAGGACUAUGACCAGUUCUUGCAGCAGAGAAGCUGUAGGGAGACCAUGGAGCAGGGUGCACGAAGAAAUGUGUAUGGUCAGUGUCCAAGGACUGUAUCAGACCUUGCUUUGCAAAAUCAUUUCAGUGAGAGAUGGGGACCCUACUUUGCUGAAUAUGAUUGGUGUUCGACAUGUUCCUCCUCCUCUGAAUCUGACAAUGAAGGCUACUUCCUCGGGGAACCAAUCCCGCAACCCGCCCGCCUCCACUACGUCACCAGUGAAGAGCUCCUUCACAAAUAUGGUUCAUACAGCAUGCCUAAGUCUUCCACACUAGGUGGUCGAGGACAGUUACACAGUCGGAAAAGGCAAAAGAGCAAAAACUGUAUCAUAGCAUAACCACAUUGCCCAAGCACAGUGUUGAAGAAUGUAAUUACUUCAUCAACUUGCACUGUUGUAGUUCUUAAAGCGCUUUUUAUUGUAACAAAAAAUCCUGGCAAGUGGGGGAGUUGUAAGAAGGUCAUAGACGAGGGUCUAUAAAUAGUCAUAAUUGUUGGCAUGGUGAAUAUAUUUUGCACAUUUUAUUUUGGGGACGGAAGGAGGGAUAAAAUUUAUUUUAGCAUGUAAUAGUUGCAAAUUUACCUCCUUCCCAGAAGUAACUGCCACCCAUUUAAUACCCAGUUCACCCACGUUUUAGUUUCCAUUGUUUUUUAUAGCAGCUGUUAGCUACUAGUUUAUCAUCUCUCCUCUUUUUUGCUUUUCAUUUCCAUCACCUGUUUUUUUGGUCAUUCUUCUGCCAGAUGGCAAGGAAGCAUAAGUUAUUUCCAUUAUUGUUCUGUAAAUGCAAAGUAAAUGAGAGUUUGGAGAAAAUAUUUUUGUAUUUUGUAAUAUCAGAGGAAUUUCUGUAUCUUAGGAGUCACUGGGAAAUUCAUGCACAUCCAUCAUGCUUUUGGCCAGAGCUAAACAAAUAGAGCUUCAGAAGCCUUUAUCUUUUACCAUCAAAUUUGUUCUGGAUCACCAAGGCUUUACUUUCUGCAUCUGGUGGAAACAAAAAUAGAGCCUUCCCCCACUCAUUCAUUAGAUUUUGAGGAUCCUACAAGGUGCUUUUGAAGUCUACUAAUGCUUUCAUUUUAUGUUAUUCUCCAAAGCAAAUGCAGACAUUGUUAUCACUGAAACAAAAAUUUAAAAAACCCAGCUCUUUUUAUUUUUCAAAUUUGAAAAAAAUAUAACCACCAAAUGUUUGUAAAAGUUUAAGAACCUAGUUCUGAGAAGGAAUUUUACAUCUCUUUAGCAAGGGCUGAAGCCGUUAAAAUGUCAACUACUUUUGGGGGGAUAAACCAAAACAGUUGUAAAUGGUGCAGUUGUGUGAUGUCAGCAUGAACUUGUUUUGAGUAUAGAAUUGUUUUCUGGUGCUCUAGUUUCCUGGCAUAUAUUAACUGCUGUUCAUUACCAAGCGGUAUCUUCAACACUGCCUUCUUCUGAAAUCCAUAAUGAAAUGAAUACAUCCUAAUCAUGUCAGACUUAAAGUCUACCCAUGGGAGAUAUAUACUUCAAACCCAUUAUGAAGGCAGCUUGAAGGGCCUAUCCUCAGGCUAUAAUGGAGUCCAUUCUUUGGAACUAGAACAAACCAACAAAAGCUUCAACAUGGUAGUUAUAUACAUAGGGCUCAAAAUGUAUUGUGUGCUAUGGUGGAUGUGAGUUUUUUUCCUCUCUGUAUGCUUUAAACAAUUGGAAGAUUGUCAUCAAGAUGUGUUCAAUAUUGUUUCCAGAUGGGACAGUGGGAAAGAAGGCAAUUCUUUUCUUUUCUUUUUUGUACUUGCUAUAGGGCUGUAAAAUGGGUUUCAGUAGUUCCCCGCUAAGUCUGAUAUUGCCCACUUACAACACUUGUGCAUGGUUCUUUGGAGAGCUUGAGGACUCUAUUAGAAUAAGAGUCCAUUGGAGAAACAGAGGGAGAGCUAUAUCUUGGUGUGAGUGGGAUUAAAAACAGAUGGGAGGGCCCUGGUUCUCUUAACAGAGCCUCAGGAGCAGGCCUCUGGUGCCUCUUCAGCCCCACUGCAGAACCAGGUCUUGGGUCAACUGGAGGGGACAAACAGCCUUGCCUAUAUAAAAGCAGUGACUCGAGAGAAAAUCUCAGAUACGGAUGUAUUCAUAGCACAGCUAGGAAUUUUUUGUUGUGCGUAAGGAGAAUGUGAUCAUUAUGGUUUUUUAAAAAAAAAAUAAAAGAAAGAAAAAAAGAAAAGAAACAA